AAGAUGGAAAAAGUUGCAGAGAAGAAAAGGACGUAUGGAAGAGAUUGGGAUGAUCUGGACGUCACGCUUCUUCUACUCUCUCUCUCCAACCUCUUCAAGAAAAUUAAUAAAGUUAAAAUAUUUGCUCAAAAUUCAAGGUGGGCCUGUUGAAUUUUCCAGCCUUAGAGAGAGAAGUGAUGGUAUAUAAUACUAUAUUACGAUCAAAAGGUCAAAGGGACUUGGUAUUUAUCCUGUUAAAGCUUCUCGGGUUAGGGUUUUGUUGGGCUAUUCCUUCAAUUUUAGCUUCUGGGUAUUGCUUAAUUUGUGGAAAUUCAGUGUCUUGAGUUCUGAUUCUUCAUCUACUUUGGUGGAGUUGGCCUUGGUUUUACUUCAAACUUGGCGGCUUGUUCAUACAGUUUCUACUAUUGGGUCUCUUUGGCUUUGGGAUCAGGUGGUUCUGGUGGUUUGUGGUGGUGGUGGUGAUGAUGAUGAUGUUGAUCCAUGGGCAGUAGAACAGUUAAAACUGGUGCAAAUGACGGUAAUAAAGUCGUGACCGAGAUGCCGAGCUUUGUUCCUCCAGUACCCACUUCCAAUCCCACUGGUACAGAGGGGAGCACCAUUCGUUCAUCUCGAAUUUCAGACUUUGGAACUCUAGAGCAAACUCUUGGUUUUCGCAUAGAGGAUGCUGUUGACAUUGGGAGAAGUCCUGUAUUUAAUCAAAAUAAAUUAAGUAGCCAGGCACUGGGGAGUAGUGAUGCCCAAUUUGGCUCUUUAAAUAAGCUGUUGCCACUGCAAAAAGAGGCACAACCAAAUUUGCCUUCUGUAUCUCGUAGCAAUCACGAGAACUGGGGGGAGUCCAGUAUGGCAGAUGGAAGCCCUAGGACUGAUACUUCAACAGAUGACACAGAAGAUAAAAAUCAGAGGACUGAACUGAAUCAAAUGACUGGUCUUCUAGUUUCGGAUUCGAGUGACAGGUCAAAAGAAAAACCUGGUGAUCAAAAGACACUGCGAAGACUUGCUCAAAAUCGUGAAGCUGCCAGGAAAAGCAGAUUAAGAAAAAAGGCAUAUGUACAACAGCUCGAGAGUAGCCGGCUGAAAUUAACCCAGCUUGAGCAAGAGCUUCAGCGUGCCCGCCAGCAGGGAAUAUUCAUUUCAAGCUCUGGAGAUCAAUCUCAUUCGAUGAGUGGAAAUGGAGCUCUGGCAUUUGAUGUGGAAUAUUCCAGGUGGCUAGAGGAGCACAACAGGCAGAUAAAUGAGUUGAGGGCUGCUGUUAAUUCACAUGCGGGUGACACUGAACUUCGUACCGUUAUUGACAAUGUCAUUGCUCACUACGAUGACAUUUUUAGACUGAAGGGUACUGCAGCAAAAGCUGAUGUUUUCCACAUCUUGUCAGGAAUGUGGAAAACACCAGCUGAAAGGUGUUUCAUGUGGAUUGGUGGCUUCCGCUCAUCCGAGCUCCUUAAGCUUCUGGUGAAUCAAUUGGAACCAUUAACUGAGCAGCAACUGGUGGGUAUUUACAACUUGCAGCAGUCAUCCCAGCAGGCUGAAGAUGCUCUGUCACAAGGGAUGGAGGCAUUGCAGCAAUCCCUGGCUGAAACCUUGGCCAGUGGCUCACCUGGGCCAUCAGGAUCAUCUGGAAAUGUAGCAAACUAUAUGGGUCAAAUGGCCAUGGCCAUGGGAAAGCUAGGAACUCUUGAGGGUUUCCUACGCCAGGCUGACAAUCUUCGCCAACAAACGCUGCAACAAAUGCAUCGUAUACUGACGACCCGACAAUCAGCUCGUGCACUGCUUGCAAUAAAUGACUAUUUUUCGCGUCUUCGAGCCCUGAGUUCUCUUUGGCUUGCCAGGCCCAGAGAGUGAGAGGCAUUAGAUUCUUUAUCUGAAGUUGAUCUUUAGGGUCCAACUAGAGCAAUUAUAUGGUUAGAUGAUAGGAGGACUUCUGCUAUUCUCUGGUGUUCGAUACCCUUCGCGGACCUGGUUGAGGUGCAGUGAAGUUGCAUGAUUGUUCAUAGACUCCAUUAAAGUUGUGGUUGUCACAUAUGGUCGUCUAGAUGUUGUAUUUUAUGUCAAAAAACAAUAGUAUGAAUAAAUCUGAUUAUGCAAGUUAUUUAAUAGAACUGAGAGGGAAUAGAAUAGUGCUAUUGUUGUUGUAGGUUACAGAUGUCAAUUUGUAUACCAAAAAAUCAGAUGAUGUCAGACUGAAAGGUUUGCAUUUUCUUCUUCUUUAAUCGUGUAUAUACAUAUGUUGUCUCUGAAUGUUAUUGGCCUACGAUGUUUCAUUGGUUU